AUGGCAGCCAGGCUGAUCCUGGCGUUGGCGGGCGCCGCGUUUGGGAAGAACCCUUCCGUCUCUCUGCCGCCUAAACCUUUCUGGGUCAGAGCAGGGUUCCGCCAGCACUUCAGCUUAACCCUCUGCUCUGCUUCUGAGGAACAGCGCGGAAGUUCCGAGCACAGCUCACAGAGCAGGCCCGAGCAGGCAGUGGGGCCCCCGUUGACGAGCGAAGGGUUAACAGAGGCGGAGCGGCGGAUCAUGGAGCGGCACAAGGCCGCCUGCGCGGCAGGCCAACUAAACUAUGUGGAUCCAGCUACUGGCUAUUUGGUGCUCACACAGCUCGCCCACUUGCAGAGAGGCGAAUGCUGUGGCUCUGCCUGCAGACACUGCCCAUAUGGUCAAGUCAAUGUUAAAGAUCCAUCCAAAAGGAAGAAAUUCAACUCAUAUUUUUAUGUUUGA